AUGGAGAGAGGGGGUCGAGCAGGGAACGACGAGUACGAUUCGGAGGAUCAACGCGGCUGCCGCAUUUCCAACAUCUCCGGCAUUGACUACUCGUCAUUGCACACGCCAGGAGGUUCCAAAGUGAACGUUACCUGGAGCCUCAACAUAGAGCGAGUAUUCGUUUGCACAAAUCAUUCAUGCCUUGUGUCUUCUGUGUCUUCUAUCUCUCGCAGUACGCAACACCACGCACCAAUCUUGACGAGAAUCCGCGAACGACAAGAACGCAAGAUAUGUGGCCAAGUCAAUGCAUUGAUAGGAUUUUAUGAGAGUGAGCACUGGGCGCAAGGCGAGAAGGCGACAAGAAUUGUUGGAGUCAUGCAAGUCCUCUCCCGCAUUGCACGUGUCUUGAAUCUCACUUACCCGUGGUUUAGCUCUUCACUCGCGAAAUCUAUAUUUAACUUUCGAUAUGUUCUUGGCGUCAACUCCCCCAGUUCGUCCAACAAGAGUACCAAGAUUUUCAUCAAGUUCUAUUAUCUGAGGUCCCAAUUCGACGCCCAGCCGCACUCGACCGAAAACGGAAACCGCUUUAAAGCAACUCAUCCUUUAAAGUCAUCUAUUUCCGACUUUAAAGGACUUUGA